AUGAUUUAUACCCCGGGAAAGUUCAUGUUCGCCGCCGACUCUCUUUCUCGAGCAGCAGUCGACAAGAAGGAGAGCUUCGGCACACAGAAAAACACUGAGAUUCAGGCCUACGUUGACAUGAUCGUGAAUGGCAGGGACUACUCCAAGGCCAGCCAUGACGAGAUGGUGGAGGUCAUCAGAAGAGACCCCAUCGUGGUGCAGGUUGUCCGUCGCCAUGGCAACCCCACCCACUCACACCAAACAUUACAGGAAGUUCACGUGGUGGACGUGUGCACGCAGACGGAUAUCACUUUUGAACACAUCAUGGCCCUGGCUAAGCUGAGGCCUGCUACUCCACCUGUACCCGACAUCUGCCCCUUUCUGCUGUCAGACAGCUGUCACUCCAUCCACACCAUGGAGCAUGAAUUCUACGAGUGUCCAGAGUACCUCUCCAACACCCCAGCUGAAGUGGACAGGCCAGAGGAGUUUGAGUAUGAGCAGGUAGAGCUCUGUCGGCUCAACAGUCAGGAGAAGUUGGGUCUGACGCUGUGCUAUCGGACUGACGACGAAGAGGAUACAGCUAUCUACGUCAGCCACGUUGGACGCAACAGCAUCGCUGCCAGGGACGGGCGCAUUAGGGAAGGAGAUCGAAUAUUACAGAUCAAUGGCUGUGACGUACAGGACAGGCAGGAAGCUUUCACUCUCCUGUCCAAUGAGGAGUCCAGGAGUAUCGUUCUCCUGGUGACCAGACCAGAGGAGGCGUGGCUGGAUGAGGAGCACAAUGAACUCCUAGAGGAGCUGAAGAUGGAGAUCCUUGAGGAGAGGAGGAACGAGGAGGUGCAGAAGACAGGAGGAGGAGAGGAGCAGGCCAAGCAGCUGGAGGAGGAUGACGUCAUGACAGACACGGCCACGUGUUCCUCCAAUACUCAGGACAAAGACAGCGGCUUGGGGACGGGGCGCAACGAGGAGAGCUCCGAACAGGAAGUCCUCCUGGCCCGUGUCCACCGGAGGCCUGCCCAGGGCCUGAGAGACCGAUGGAGGGCCAAGCAUGGCCAGGGGCUGGGCAAGAGGGUGGUGGUACCCUCGGACACCCAGGGACCCAGGGGUCUGAUCCAAGCCCAGGAGGGUGAGGGUGGAGUGGGGUUAGGACUGGAGUGUGACAGCCGCUUCAAGCAGCUCCUGGAGCUCAAGUGCCAGAUCCGUAACAGCGGGGAGUGUGGUGUGUACUAUAGCAGGAGAAGCACCAUCGAGUGCAGCCUGACGGAGCAGAGCGGGGUGGGGGUCAGUGGUGGUGGAGGGAUGGAACAGGAGCUGAGGAUGUUGAACGAUGAGCUGAGGAGUAUUGAGCUGGAGUGUCAGAGCAUUAUGCAGGCCCACCAGCUCCGUAAGAACCAAAGGGAUCCCCCCUGCACCCCUAUGUGCUCCCCAGGACGAAGCCCCAAACAUGGGCGUGAGCACCAUGCCAAGCUGGCCGAUAUCAACGAGCAUCCAGGGGAAAGGCAGUGGGACAGCGACAAGCUAAGGGGGGACAAGGACAGCUCCAGUGCCUAUAACACGGCUGAGAGCGCCAGGUCCACUCCUCUAGGCAUGGAGAGAUCCCCGGACCACUCUCUACAGAGACGCAUCAGCCUCACCAACCAGAAGAACCUCCGGAGCACCAUGGCAGCCUCCGGCCAGUCCAUCUCCAUCCCCAUCCCAGACAGAGAGCUCCUGAGUGAGACCUCGACCGGGCCCACCACACACAGCCGACAGGAUCCCAACUCCAGCCCUGGAACCACGGUCAUCUCCAGCAGCCCCGACCAGUCCAACCCUUCCCCCUCCGAGUCAGACCCGGCCCUGCCUGCAGACGACGAGCGCUGCGACCGCACCAGGAGCCACCGGGGGCCACGCAGGGUCCCUCCCUACCCGUCCCCUUACCACACAGCCCCCCAGCAGGGCACCUCUCCAGCCCACGCCAGACACCUUCAGAGCUACAUGCAGCAGCUCCUCCAGCAGACCUCCAGUCUGGAGACCUACUCCCAGUCCCAGCUCAGCCUCCUCAGCGUCUGCCGGGACCGCUCCACCCGCCCGGGGGAACCACGCCUCGAAUGGAAGGUCAAAGUUCGAGCCGACGGGACGAAGUAUGUAGCCCGGAGACCGGCGAGGGACCGGAUUCUACGAGAACGGGCGCUGAGGAUCAGGGAGGAGCGUAGUGGAGGGAUGACCACGGACGACGACACUAUGUCCGAGAUGAAGAUGGGGCGGUACUGGAGUAAAGAGGAGAGAAAACAGCAGCUGGCCAGGGCCAGGGAGCAGAGGAGGAGGAGGGAGUACAUGCAGAGGAGCCGGCUGGAGUGUCUCAGAGAGGGCCCUGGGAGCGGGGCCGAGGGCCGUAAAGAGGUCAACAUCCUGGAACUCAGCCACAAGAAGAUGAUGAAGAAACGCAACAAGAAGAUCCUGGAUAACUGGAUGACCAUCCAGGAACUAAUGAGUCACGGGGCCAGAGCACCUGAGGACCAGGGGUCUAAACAAGUACACAAUGCCUUCCUGUCUGUUACUACAGUAUAGGACCACAGCUCCGGGUAGAAGUUUCCCUGUACACACAGAUCUAGGAUCAUUUAAAACUACCCGGGUCGGGCAUUAACCAUUUGGACGAUAAUGAAAAACUGACCUCAGAGCAGUGUCUAGGGACAACCUUGCCCCAUCUCUCUCUCUCAUCGCGUCCAUGCGGUAUGACCUUACUUGCCUCGUUCAAUGUGGCAUUUUUUAUAAUGGGGAAAAUCCUAUAUUUUUCACACUUUGUAAACUCAAUAACAUUUUGUAAAAUGUUUUUUUUUUACACUGGUUGUCGAUGCACUGUGAAAUGUUUUCUGCAGUUGCUCAUUUAUGAUGUCAUGAAACAUGUUUCUAUCAUAAUCAGAAUUCUCUGUAAACCACAUCAUCAUCAUCAAGUCAAAGACAUCGUGGUACGUUAUCAUGUUUGCAUUGUUUAUCCAGCAUGGCAGUGAUUAACUGUAGUGGUCAGAAAUGUACCAUACACCUGAGAACAGACACUGGACUCCUUGUCUUUUACUGAGGAUCGACCAUAUAACUGCACAACCCUCUAAGACCCAUUCAAUAUGCCAAGCUGGCCUUGCGAGUCAAGACACCACUAAAUCUCUGAAGGAGCUUUCAUCAUUUCUGAAAAUGUCAACUCAGAGUUCUCUUGGAAAAUUCUGAAGUCCUGAGAAUGUCAAUAAUUCAGUGGUGUCUCAGAGGCUUUCAGUUUCUCAGUUUAAAACUGUCUUAAAGGGAAGGUUCACUAGUCAACAGUUUCUCAGUUUAAAAUAGUCUUGAAGGGAAGGUUCACUAGUCAACAGUUUCUCAGUUUAAAACCGUCUUAAAGGGAAGGUUCACUAGUCAACAGUUUCCCAGUUUAAAACCGUCUUGAAGGGAAGGUUCACUAGUCAACAGUUUCUCAGUUUAAAACCGUCUUGAAGGGAAGGUUCACUAAUCAACAGUUUCCCAGUUUAAAACCGUCUUGAAGGGAAGGUUCACUAGUCAACAGUUUCUCAGUUUAAAACCGUCUUGAAGGGAAGGUUCACUAGUCAACAGUUUCUCAGUUUAAAACCGUCUUGAAGGGAAGGUUCACUAGUCAACAGUUUCCCAGUUUAAAACCGUCUUGAAGGAGGGGUUCACUAGUCAACAGUUUCUCAGUUUAAAACCGUCUUGAAGGGAAGGUUCACUAGUCAACAGUUUCCCAGUUUAAAACUGUCUUGAAGGGAAGGUUCACUAGUCAACAGUUUCCCAGUUUAAAACAGUCAUGAAGGGAAGGUUCACUAGUCAACAGUUUCUCAGUUUAAAACCGUCUUGAAGGGAAGGUUCACUAGUCAACAGUUUCUCAGUUUAAAACAGUCUUGAAGGGAAGGUUCACUAGUCAACAGUUUCUCAGUUUAAAACCGUCUUGAAGGGAACAGUUUUGAAGUCAACAGUUUUUCCCCAACAUCUCAUUGCAAAAGUGAUCUCAAUGUCUCUCAUCAAUGGUAAAUCAGUAUCACCAAUGAAAAAAGUGCAUUUCUUACUGAUUAAAUAAUUAAUUCAAGUGAUUUGAUUGUUCCAUGAAUACAUUAAAUGUAAUUUAAAAAUACAAAACAUAUUUAUUAUUUUUUAUUGCUUAUUUUCAAUUAUUGUACAUUUAUUAGUCUAUUCUGCAUAUUUUCGGACCUGUCUGAAGAUCUCUUUGUGUUGUCAAAAAUAACACAAGUUAUUGUCUCUAACGUAUUAUAUUCCACCUAACAGUCCUUUCUGGCAUUUGGUGGCGCUUCAAACGGGUGCUUUUCACUGUACACUGCUCUUCUAUCUUUGCUCAGUGUUUAUCGUCUUCUUUCCAGUAAUCGGUAGUUGGUAACUUCAUAGGCAGGUCAAUGUGUACUAAUUGUGAUAUUUGCAAAGGAAAUGUGAAUAAAUUAUUGUUUAUCUUUAUGAAACAAA